AUGGCGGGCACCCAAAAGGAGAGCAGGGGAGGGAGAAAUGCGGGCGGAAAAACCCAGAUGUACGAGCUCUCAAGAGGACGAGAAUGGCUGCAGGCGGGAAAGGCGAGACCGAAGAAAGGGAGCAGAAGCCUCACGAAAACCCAGAUGGCCGCUCGGAUCGGGGAGCAGAGGGGUGUGAGGGAGAGAACGUCCAGGAACGCGGGAUCUCCAGAUGAGCGAGCACUUCCUGAGAGCUCCCACCACAACCACCGACUUGAGUAG